AGGAGUUACCAGAGAGUAAAAAUAGUGAUGUCCUGUAUGUGAUAAUAGGAGUCCUCUGUUUCUUGCUGCUGUGUGCAACACUAAGCAUUUUAAUUGCUCUUUCCAUCAAAAGGUGUGGGUCAAUAAUCUCAGCAAGUGGUGAAAUCCCAACAUCAACCAAUGAAGCAUAUUGGAAGGUGGAAAGGCAAUGAGUUGUUGACGAUCUCAAAUGGAGAACCUCCUCCUCGCAGCAGGCCUCUCCCCACAAUCCCUUUCCCUCUGUCUGGUGCAACAGAGGAGGAGGACUGUACUACUGCUGUCUAUGAGGCAUUCCUGGAGAUCACUGACUCGUCUAGUUUGAAUAUUUACUACUAAGAUAAUGAUGGAUAAUAAAGCAAAAGUGUCUAGUUGAGUUUGUAUAUACAACA